GCCUACCGGAAUGUCACGUGAACCCCUCGUGCUUCCGUCGGUAACAUCCUGGUUUUUAGAUUUUGUACACGAUGCAGGUUUGGAUUAAUUUCCUUGUGAUUUUAAGCUUCUUUGGUGAAUUAUCAGUAGGUGCUGAAUUUCGCUUUGCAUCAUAUUAUGGAGAGCACAUGGUGCUGCAGAGAGCUCCAGAGAAAGCUCUGGUGUGGGGAUAUGGCACAACUGGAGCAGCGGUUCAGAUCUUUUUAGUAGGGCCACAAAACAAGCAAGUAAAAUCUGUUCCUGUUCUUGAUGGGAUUUGGAAGGUGAUCCUUGAUCCGGUCCUGGCCGGAGGUCCAUAUAACCUGACUGCUGUUCAGAAAGAAAGCAAGAUUGUUCUCACAGAUGUGCUGUUUGGAGAUGUUUGGUUAUGUGGAGGCCAGAGCAACAUGGCCUUUACACUCGGUCAGGUAUACAAUGCGUCAGACGAGCUGAAGAUGGCCACUCUGUUCCCUAACGUGAGGGUCUUCCAGGCUGCACUGGAGAUAAGCAAUGUUGAGUUAAAUGAUCUUGCACGUGUGGAGGUUCCAUGGUCCCGUCCAACUCCAGAGAUCCUUGGAGGAGAGAAUUUCACCCACUUCUCUGCCGUGUGCUGGUUGUUUGGCCGCUACCUUUACGAGAACUUGAAAUAUCCAAUCGGGUUGGUGGAGUCGUGUUGGGGUGGGACCCCUGUAGAGGCUUGGUCCUCCCGUAGAGCAUUACAUAACUGUGGCCUGAAGGAAACUGAUAGCAGUGAUCAGUGGGGUAAAAAGUGGAAUGGUACAGUGUUAUGGAAUGCCAUGAUCCAUCCUCUGCUCAACAUGACCAUCAAAGGAGCCAUAUGGUACCAAGGUGAAGCAAAUGCACAGCACAACCAGCACAAGUACGCGUGCACUUUCCCAGCUAUGAUUGAUGACUGGAGGUUGGCGUUUCAUGCAGGCUCAGAGGGCCAGACUGCACCAGACUUUCCAUUUGGAUUUGUACAGCUGUGCACCUAUAGGAAUGUCACCCAAGACGGUUUUCCAGAGAUUCGCUGGCACCAGACAGCAGACUAUGGCUAUGCUCCAAAUGAGCGCAUGAAGAAAACGUUCAUGGCUGUGGCUAUGGACUUGCCCGAUAAGACUUCACCCUGGGGCAGUAUUCACCCACGAGAUAAACAGGAUGUAGCGUACAGGCUGGUGCUCGGUGCACGCGCUGUAGCCUAUGAGGAAACAGGUGUGUCCUUCCAGGGUCCGUUUCCCAUCCAAGCCCAGAUUUUGAACACUACCAUAAUCAUCACUUACAGUCAAAAAAUCAGAGCCACGCUUUCCAGUGACGCUUUUGAGAUCUGUUGCUCUAAGCAGAUGAAACCAUGUACAUCAGGUUCCCAAUGGAUUACUGCUCCAAUGAAGGAACUGGGAAGUGACUACAUCCUGGUAUCAAUAGCUAAGUGUCCAGUUGACAACGUAGCUGCCUUGCGUUAUGCAUGGAGGGAUUGGCCAUGUGGUUUCGAAGCAUGUCCAGUCUACAGUGCAGACGGAGUCUUACCUGCACCACUGUUUACUAUUAACCGGUGGUCAACACACAGCUGAUGACAAAUGAUGAGAAGAUUCCCUCUGUACAGUAUGUACAGUAUAUGGCUGAAAUUAAAUAAUGCUGCAUGAUUGCUAUAAAAAAGUUGGCAGUUACACAGAAUUCAAUGCAGGCGUUUUUUUCUGCAAGUAGUGCAUCAGUUGACCAUUAAGGUAAGAAUUAACAUGACAAAAUGAAAGAAAAAAAUCAAUAAAUAGCAGGUAAUAAGCAAAAAGUAAGAUAUACUAAACAAUUCUACUAAUGAUGCGGUAUACUGGUUUUAUUAGGUGCUGGUGUUGGGUAUUGAUGAUAUGGUUGCACAUAGUGGACUGAUUUCAGAGACUAUGACCUCAGUCCAAAAGUAUUUAUGCUGUAAACAUUACUCUUAUUCAGAUGCAAAUCAAAUUAUGUUCAUCAAAUUAAAAUUAUUUGUCAUUUACACAAUCAUACACAGUACGAUAUGCACAGUUAUAUGACCGCCCGUGACCUUAAAAAUAAAAGAUUAUUUAUAAGAAAUAAAUAUGAAUAAAAGAGAAAUAGAAUAGAAAAUAAAUGUAGCUAGGAUAAGAAUAAUAUAUCUAUAGAAGACAGAAAUGUACAAUACAAGAAAAAUAUAAAAAGACUUAGCUGUACCUAAAUUAAAGAACAAAAACAAAGAAAAGCAGUCGUGACGGCAGCCGACCUCACCGGCGCCAUCUUGAAAUCAGUUUAUGUCUUCAUAGGUUGGAAGUGUCAGGGAUGUUUUUUUU